AUGACACUCGCUUUCUUUUUCGUAUACCCUACCAUCCUGAUCUUUUCGACACUAAUCGCUCUCGGCGAACUGAUUGAGCGACCGCUGUUCAAAGCUCGAAUUGAAAAAUGGCAGAAGAUACUAUUCUGCGUCUUCUUCCUGCCUCUUCUGGCUAUUGGCAUGCUAUGCGGGUUGGCUGGUAUGGGAUCGUCAGACCAUUUCCGAACAGAACACGGGAUCAUUGGCUUGGUCACAGCAGUUUUGGCGACGUUGGCAGUAGGAGCCUACCUCAUCGAGAACAGCCUCAGACCAAAGAUUUCAAUGAAUAGGAAAUGGCGCCGGGUGCAUAUGAUGGUUAACUACACCGAUAUCUUCCUCUGCCAGGCGGUUCUCAUGCUUUCGGGCUUCGCCCUGCCCGACGGUAUCGACGACUUCCAAGUCAUGAGCCUUUGCGGAACAAGACACAUAUCCACGUCAUUGUCGUUCUCAGUGGGUAUGAUGGUGGCGUUCAUAUGGAACAGUGCCAUGGCGGCUAUGACUCUUCAGUGGUGGCUUGUUCGCAGGGCUAGUGAGGAUAAGCCUCCUGGCAAGAUGUGGCUGCUGGUAUCACGCAUUUUCAGGCGGAAUACUGACACCUGCGAAGAUGAAGCGUAG